AAAAAACUGCUCUCACGAAAUUAUUGAAUUGAAAUUAGGUAAAUAUGUCUUUAAAUUGCUUGAGACUUGUUUCCCACUCUUUUAAGAAGCCUCCUAUUUUUCAUCUCAGCUACUCGUCUUCUUCGUAUUCUUCUUCCCCAUCAGUGAUUGUAUCAAUGUCUUACAGUAAGGAGCUGGCUGCUGCCAAGAAAGCAGCCUCUCUCGCUGCUCGUCUCUGUCAGAAAGUUCAAAAGGCUUUGCUACAAUCGGAUGUCCAAUCCAAAAAAGAUAAAAGUCCUGUAACAGUCGCUGAUUAUGGGUCACAAGCAUUGGUUAGUUUUGUGCUGCAGCAGGAAAUUCCUGCUGACUUCUCAUUAGUUGCGGAGGAGGAUUCUAAAGAUCUCCGCAAGGAUGGUGGCCGGGAAAUAGUUGAUCGUAUUACAAAACUUGUGAACGAAUCUAUAACUAGUGAUGGAUCAUACAAUGUUACAUUAUCCACAGAAGAUGUUCUCGAGGCCAUUGACAGUGGCAGAUCUCAAGGUGGUUCCCAAGGUCGACACUGGGUUUUGGAUCCUAUAGAUGGUACUAAAGGAUUUCUGAGAGGAGAUCAAUAUGCAAUAGCCUUGGCUUUGCUAGAUGGAGGAAAAGUAGUUCUAGGUGUGCUGGCUUGUCCAAAUCUUCCACUAACGAUCAUCAGUGCCGCUGAUCAGCGUUCUCCAAAUAAUGAAGUUGGCUGCCUUUUCUUUGCUGAAGUCGGUGGUGGAACUUACAUGCAGCCACUUGAUGGUUCUUCGGCAGUGAAGGUGCAAGUAACUGCUGUUGAGAAUCCUGAAGAAGCUUCGUUCUUUGAGUCAUAUGAAGCAGCACACUCCAUGCAUGAUUUAUCUAGUCUGAUUGCUCAAAAACUCGGCGUCAAAGCACCACCGGUUAGAAUCGAUAGCCAGGCAAAGUAUGGUGCUCUGUCCAGAGGAGAUGGAGCCAUAUACCUGCGUUUUCCUCACAAAGGGUAUCGGGAGAAAAUAUGGGAUCAUGCCGCUGGGUGUAUUGUUGUGACUGAAGCGGGGGGCGUGGUCACAGAUGCUGCAGGGAAGCAGUUGGAUUUCUCGAGGGGAAAGCAUCUUGAUCUGGACACUGGGAUCAUUGUGACCAAUCAAAAGUUGAUGCCGUUGCUGUUUAAUGCAGUUAGAGAAUCCAUAAAGGAGAAAGCUGCAUCCUUGUGAUUCCUUUUAGAAGCUGGCUUCACCCUCCUUGCAAUUUGCUGUUGAAACUUGAUUACUUUUGCUUGCCUUCUGUGCUUGAAUGUUUUAAUUUCUCUCACAUUUACAUUUAGCAUGCAUGAACGAGAAUGGGAUCAACAAAUCACAUAUCAAGAGAUUGAAAGCA